UGUCCGUCGAGCACGAGACGGUACAAACUUCAGCUUAGUGUGAAGUGCGUCUUGGAAACAUGACCCUGUUAAAAGCGGUGUGCGUGUUAAAAGGAGCCGGGCCGGUCACUGGCACAGUUCAUUUUCUGCAGGAGAAUGACUCGGCUCCUGUAAAGGUGACUGGAGAAAUUCAAGGCCUUAAUCCAGGGGAGCAUGGUUUCCAUGUCCAUGCUUUUGGAGACAACACAAAUGGAUGCAUUAGUGCAGGCCCCCAUUACAAUCCUUAUGAGAAGAACCAUGGUGGUCCUGCAGAUACAGAGAGGCAUGUGGGUGACCUGGGUAAUGUGACUGCAGGUGAAGAUGGGAUUGCAGUAAUGGACUUCACAGACAGCAUUAUAACUCUCACUGGCCCUCUGUCCAUCAUUGGAAGAACCAUGGUGAUUCAUGAGAAGGCUGAUGACCUGGGAAAGGGGGGUAAUGAGGAGAGUCUGAAGACUGGCAACGCUGGUGGCCGUCUAGCCUGUGGAGUUAUUGGAAUCGCUGCAUAAAUAAUCUGCCACAUCUUGAUGCACUUCAUUUUGCUCCACUUAGAAGACCAACAUAGCUACUUGUCAUGACAGUUUGUCCCGUGGAAGGCCUCCUGGCUUUGGCUAGUUCAGGGAAAGAAAGAAAAAAACACACUUAAAAUAACAGUUGAGCCUUCUUUUGUUCUGUCUUAAUACUGUUGGAUGUUUGUUUUGGUCCCAAAGAAUUAAGGCAGUUUAAAAAAUAUAUACACUUUAUGUAAAAUCAAUAAAUUUCAACUGAGUGGU